GGAGACCGCAUGCGAGAUAUCGUUUUUCCCGAGACGGAGACAUCAAUGAAGGGACCUUCUUGAGACCUUUCAUAUCGGUUUCGGAGGCUAUUGGCUCCCGAGGCAACCACAAAUGGCAUUAACUUAGACACCACGCUGCCAACCGCCAGGAGUCCGACAAGGUUUUCGCUCAACUUGUUAUUUCGCCGUCCAGCGCUCAGCUCCCGCCAACUAGGCGUGCAUCAGGGCUGGGGAUAAUGUCGGACGGACUUCCAUCCUUCGGUUAUGCUGGUGCCUUUGUUCCCUCGCGUAGUCGGAAGAAGCGCAAAGGCAAGGGAGGCGUGCGGUCGGUGCAGCCGUCCGUCUUGAUGGACCGGACCAUGGAGGAAAUUGCGACAGGCGAUUGGUUGCAGCAGUGUAAAGAGUACGUCAAAGACUGCCUUGAUACCUUGCAGAUCAAGUCACCCGAGGUUCUUUCUCUCGGGUUGGGCAGCCCGGUGCUAUCACGCGAUGCACGCGCACAAUUAGCUUUCCUCCUGGCCGUCUGUGAUGGUCUGUCUAUAGACCGCACGAGCGUAUCUAUCUACGACCCCGUCUUCACGGACGAGGAUAUAGACCUUCUAGACACACUCAGGGUCACCCGCCUAACCGAGGACAAGCGCGCGGCCUAUAGACUGCGGGCACCUACCCUCGUCUUCAUGCCGCAUUGUGACGUGCAGCUUUACGAGAACCUGUUACGAGAGAACUGGUCACAAGCAGGCCUUCCCAACCUCGUUCUUAUCGCUAACCGCCUAAGCGAGUACGCCGACAACGUCCCGACCCGGAAGCUCUCCGUAGAACACCCUUGCGUCUGGCGCCUGACCGUAGCACGCUAUCUCGCUGCCCGUGCUCUCCCGAUCUGUCCGGCGUAUCCAACGGCGUUCAACAACACAUCAAUACAAUAUGCACGUGUGAGUGAUAUCGGAGGUGUGGGGGACGAAUGGUGGGAACUGCCGCUCGCUCAUGCCCCUGGGGCCGCAAAUUUUGCUGAUGCGAGAAGGGAGCGCGACCUUCCAUCCUGACUCAUCGGCUUGAGACCGCAAUGCGUGCUCGCUUCAACGCCGCUCUACUCUAUCGGCAGCGAAGCCCUGUUAACGUGGUCGGAGCUCAUAACCUGCCACGACGGCAACAUAUCAGAUAUCGUUCUAGAGCGCUGUAGCAAAAGAAGCCAAUAAAUAAAGACCAUAUCUUCUUACCGAGAUCCCCAAAGUAUAGAUUAGAUUUCUAAACUUACGUAUGACGGCAGCUGUCAUUGUGACAUCGCAACACCCUGUGAAUACCACUAACCGAACAAGGAAGAGACAAUACUAUGUAGAGACCGAAAGCACGCACACAAUUAUAGUACGACAAACGGGUUCACGCCACAAGAAUGCAACAGGGAGCGGGGAGAUGGAGCAACGACUAACACUGU